UGUGGUGUGCGGGUGUGGGGUGUACAGAGCAGAGGCUGCCUGCAGCACAGAGCUUUCUGACUUCCCCUUCUUCCUGAAGAUGGCAGCUGGACAGCAGGCAGACAGCAGCUGCUAAACAGGGCGGGACCUCAUCCUUGGAGGAGACCUGGCAUAGAACAUGGAUUACUGUGCAGCCCUUUUUCUCUGUCUGUGUCUUGUGACUGCUCAGAGUGGAACAGCAGAGGCAUCCGAAGAAUCCCUGCACUGGAUGGAGACAAUGGAGAGGUCGCACAUGAAACGGAUCUCGAUUUCCUUUGCUGAGUACAUCCGUGGUCUGGAGAAUAGACUGCUGAAUGCCAGCUUCCAGGGCUCCAACCUCACCUUGCAGACAUCCACCAUUCAGGCGCUGGUCUUCAAACUGGGCUGUGACUUUGCCGGCCUCUCGCUGAACAGUGAGGCCCUGAAGCCUGUUCCCCAGGCCCGGCACGCCAUGCAGUUCCCCGCUGAGCUGACCCGGGAGACCUGUAGGACCCGCCCCAGGGAUCUGCGUCUCAUCUGUAUCUACUUCUUCACUGCCCGCUUUUUCCAGAAUGACAUCAAUGCAUCUCUGCUCAAUAACUACGUCCUGGGGGCCCAGCUGGGCCAUGGACACGUGAACAACCUCACAGAAAUGAUCAACAUCAGUUUCUGGCACAACCAAAGCCUGGCAGGCUACUCAGUGACCUGUGUCUUCUGGAAGGAGGGAGCCAGCAAGCACCGCUGGGGCGUCUGGAGCCCUGAGGGCUGCAGUACAGAACAGCCCUCACCUUCACAGGUGCUGUGCCACUGCAAUCACCUGAGCUACUUUGCUGUUCUCAUGCAAAUCUCCCCAGCCCCGAUACCUGCAGAGUUGCUGGCGCCUCUCACGUACAUCUCCAUCGUGGGCUGCAGCGUCUCCAUCAUGGCCUCCUUGCUCACUAUCCUGCUGCACUUCCAUGCCAGGAAGCAGAGUGACUCCACAACACACAUCCACAUGAACUUGCACACCGCCGUGCUGCUCCUGAAUGUCACCUUCCUGCUGAGCCCCGUACUGGCCAUGCCCAGCGUGCCCGAGUCAGCAUGCACGGCGCUGGCUGCCAUCCUGCACUACGCGCUGCUCAGCUGCCUCACCUGGAUGGCCAUUGAAGGCUUCAACCUCUACCUUCUCCUGGGGCGUGUCUACAACAUUUACAUCCGCAGAUACAUGCUCAAGCUCGGUGCAGUGGGCUGGGGGGUCCCGGCCUUUCUGAUGCUGCUCCUCCUUGCCAUCAAGAGCUCAGCCUAUGGCCGCCAUGCAAUCCCGAUCUUCGACCGCCAGGGAAACGGCACGGGCUUCCAGAACGUAUCCAUAUGCUGGGUGCGGAGCCCCGAGGCGCACAGCGUCCUGGUCAUGGGCUAUGGUGGCCUCACAUCCCUUUUCAACCUGGUGGUGCUGGCCUGGGUGCUGCGGACACUGCACAGGCUGAAGGUGCGGGAGAAGGCGCUGGGCACUCGGGCCUGUCGGGACACUGUCACCGUGCUGGGCCUCACCGUGCUGCUGGGCACCACCUGGGCCUUGGCCUUCUUCUCCUUUGGUGUCUUUCUGCUGCCCCAGCUCUUCCUCUUCACCAUCUUCAACUCGUUCUAUGGGUUCUUCCUCUUCCUGUGGUUUUGUUCCCAGAGAUGCCACUCAGAGGCAGAGGUGGAGACAAAGAUGGAGGCAUGCAGCUCCUCCCAGACAAUGCAGUAGUCUGGACCUCCUGGCCCGGAACCGCCAGCCUCUUUGGCUGCCUGCAGACGAGGCACUGGCUUCCACCGGAGAAGGUGUCACCAGCUGCUGGACACCAGCCAGUGUGCCUUCCAAGGCUUUCCACCUCCAUGGCUUCUCUGGACCCAGAGAAGAGGAUUUUGCUCGGCCUCCCCUGGCAUUCUGCUCUGGGCAGGUCCAACCCCACGAGGGGGGUGGAAACUUCACUCCGGUAUCGGGGCCUACCUGGCCAGCAAGGCCUAUGGCAGAGCACUGGUCUGGGAGUCAGGAGACCAUGUUUCAAAGCUUGGCUCUGAGUCCUACUGUAUGACCUUGGCCUGUCAUUUCUCAGGGACCCUCACAUUUUUGACAUACGCCAGAUGGCUCUGGUCCUACCUAGCCCAAACUUUGUGAGGCUUGAAUAGAACCAGGGAGGGAGAGAGUCAGAGUGGGCCCCAUUGACUGCACCUGCCUGCUGGGGGUGGGGGGGGAGGGACACGGCCAGCCUGCUGGGCCCUGCCCCCUUGCUUCUGGUCACACCCUGGCCACAGGCCAGUGCUUAGAGACCCAGCCAGUGUUUGAGAACUUACCAGCCUAUGCCUGAGACCUCUUUUCUUUUGACAACCUCCCACCACAAAAUUAUGAUGACUCCAACUCCAAGGCCACCUUUCACAAAGAUCGGGAGGUCUGUUCCUCCCCAGAGACUCCUCCUUCCUCCAGUGCUCUCAAAACUCUCUUGGCCAUUUAGACCAGUGACUGGGGCCUUCCAGGGGUAGGGGGGGCGCACCCCUUUCCCCUCCAUCUGAGCCAGCUGAGCCUCAGUGUCCCGGCUAUUUGAUAUUUCCUUGGGUUGAGUUUUCCUUGGUAGGCGUGAGGGUAUGAGUUCUAAAUACAAGCUCAGGCCGCCGUUGCAGAGAAUCAUCAUUGCCUUUGCUUGACCCGUCAGACGAAGAGGGAGACCAGUGAGGCCAGAGCCUUCCCGGGAUACACACCAGGGGGCGCUGUUGGUCUGUGCUCAGAGGCUUUUGGCUCAAAACUGUCUUGGAAAUGCUGUGGUCCCUCCUCUGUGGAUAUGAUACAACAGAUGGAGAGGCCCUGCCUCCAGGACUGCGCCUGCUGAGUGACCGGCAGGAGGAAUGCCAGCACUGUUUUUAUGGCCAUUUCUCUUUUCCCAACACAGCUUCUGGCUCUUGGGGUCUUGCUCUCAGGCCAUACCUGGCACUAGAGUAGUGGGCUGGGAUUGGCUCUCAGGGCCCUGCUCCAGGCCGUGAGACAGAUUUUAAUGACUUUGAACGGUACCUGGAGGGAAUUGGGACUGGAUCCCUUGUGUUAUGCCCUCUGUUCACUUCUUGAUGCAAAUAGCCCUUCACUACGUGGUGAGUGGUGCAGGUUCUGGAACCAGAGUGCCUGGGCUCAAAUGCCAGCUCUGCCACUUGCUAGCUAUGUGACUGUGGACAAGCCACUCAACCUCUCUCGGCCUUAGUUUUUCCAUCUGUAAAUAGGGGUAAUAGUAAUAUUUAUUUUGAAGGGUAAACAAAAUAAUCCGUAUACAGAGGCUUAGCACAGUAAGUGCUCAAGCAGUGGUUAUUAUUAUCAUUCGUAUUUUUGCUGUUAUUAUUAACAGUGUCAGCUGAGUCUCAGAGGCCCACCCAUCUAAGCCCCAGGCCCAGGUCUGCUCAACAUCACAAACCCAGCUCCUCCCUGGGUACAUCCUAUGGCCACUCAGCUUGGCCACCUCCUCUCCCCCUUUUCCCAGAGUGGCCUCUGCUCCAGCCUUGCUGGACUUUGGCCACUUUAGGAAUGUUCCCUACACAGUUCAGCUGCCGUGCUGUUGCCACAUGGCCCCUCUCCUCUCAAUUCCCCGAUCCCCUGAUCUAUUCUUUUUUUCUUUUUUAAGGAGGGCACAGCUCACAAGUGGGGAUCGAACCAGCAACCUUGGUGUUAUUAGCACCAUGCUGUAACCAACUGAGCUGACCGGCCACCCCAGCUCUGAUCUAUUUAAAUUCCUGAUAACUCAUUGAUCACAUCUUCUAUGAAAUCUCUCCAAUUUUCCCACAGAGAAAGUGUCUUUCUCACUCCAACUCCAGGCAGAGUGUCCCCUCACCACUAACAAGGUGAUGUGAACCCCUAGCCAGUCCCCAUGGUUUAACCCAGCCUUGACUUGUACCAGGUUCCCCAGGCCUUGGGUGGGCCCUCAUGCUAAUGAGGGUGCUAGGGAUCAUGGGAAUCUCUAACCUCUGUCUUGGGCAGCUCUGGGGAGUGGUGGCUUAGGAUGGGUUGGCAGCCCAGUGAAGCAGAGACUUGCCUGGGACCUCUUUUCUCACCCCCAACCUGGGCCUGGUCUCUUAGACCCUACCAAGCCCAGGGCUACCCAAGGGAGGAUGUGGCCGCAGUGACACAGAAUGGGUCUGGUGGUUGCAAGAAACAGUUCCAGGCAUGUAGAGUUAAGCCCCAUUGGGGUCCAGGCUCUGGGCUGGGACAACUUCCAGGAAAUUCCCCACCCGGAUGUGGGGGCUGGGCCUCCUUGCCCUCCCCUCGCUCCCAGCGUGGUCCUGGCCUGGCCCAGCUCACAGGGGGGCUUCCAGACUAGUGGGAAGAUGGAGUGGUGGUAUCGGGGAGCCCCUGCUCAGGGCCAGGGACUCCAAGGAGGCACUUGCUGAAGGAUGACGAGUAGAAACCAGAGGGAACACACACUAGAAGUUUCUACAAUGCUUUGUUGCUGUUAUUUCAGAAAGGCAAAAUCACCACCAGAACUCCCAAGGGGUCUGCCUCAUGGUGCUCCCCAUCCAUGACCCCGGCCCAGAACCAGCCUGCACCCCUGCAGAGCCUCCUCACGGGCCUCCCUGCCCCCCCCCUCCCAGUCCAAGCUUUAUUCAGAGGCCAGAGGGAAUUUUCCAUCCUGCAGCCUGAGCAGGUCCUUCCCUGCCGGAACCCUUCCACACCCUCCCCUCCUCGUUGUCGAAUUCCCUGCAAGAGCUCGAAAGGCCCUGGGGGGUCCGGCCUGUGUCCACUUCUCAGCCCAUCCCCCACCAUUCCUUCCACAUCCUCCUCCAUCCUGCCACAUUAAACUACUUUCAUUUCCCCGAACAUAUCCUUUCUCACCUCCAGGCCUUGGCACAAGGUGUACACUUUGUCUGGAACACUGUUCUUCAGCCCUUUCAUUGGUGGAAAGGUGACAACCCAACCUUAAGAUCUCAGCUUUGCACCCUUCACUGUCCUCCCUUCCCCUCUCACCACCGCCCCCUGUGCCUGGACUAGGAAGCUGUCCCUGACUUCCAAAGUCUAGAAUGGAGCGUUCUCUGGGCUCCACCACCCCUGCCCUUCCCCCAUGACUGUAGUUAUUUCUCUGUAUGACGACUGUCUGCAUCCCUGUUUGUCUCAGCUGCCAGACUGAGAGCAUUUGGGGGGCAGGUACUAUGCCUCCUUUGUUCAUUCAUUCAUUUAUCCAUCACGUAAGCGCUCAUCAUAUUCCAGGAACUCCCCCAGCUGCUGAGGAUAUGUAAAUGAACAAGUCUUAUUCUGGUGUGGGGAGGGUAUC